AUGAUUCAGGCAAGCGCAAACGAUGAACUAGACACGCGCAACUCGAUUGAGCUCAGCGAGAUUGCCGGCUUGUCAGCCACCAAAACCAAAAAGGCCCUCAAAGAUCGCGAUCUCGACACAGAAGGGACUCCAGCUGAAUUGACUGCACGACUGACUGCAGCCAUCGCAUCCCGCAAAUUGGACGCCACUCCCAUUGCUAUGGACGUCGACGAAGACUUUGAUGCUACACAAGGUGGCACGACGAUGGCCGCCACGGGCCGAGAUGAUCCUGAUUCGCUCGAAGCAAUUUCGAAGCUCUCCGUCAACGAGCUCAAGACUCGUCUGCGCCAGUCUGGCAUGGUCACCAAAGGCGCAAGAGCCGAACUGAUUGCCCGUCUUGAUCUCGGUCUCAAGACCAAAGAAGCGCAACAACAGAAACUGGUUGAGCAGAAGCAGCACCUCGAACAGAUCAAGGACGAGCUCAAACACCUCGAUGCAAAGGGUAUUGCUCACAAACUCGACACGUUGCGCAAAGAUGCAAAUGCGGCAGGCAGUAAAGCCGAAAGGCUCAUCACAGACUUUGAGGAGAAACUCCGUCAAGCUCAGAUCGCCAAAGGCAUCCUUGAGGCUCGUCGAGCAGCCGAGGCCGAAGCUGCUUCGAGCGGCAAGAGCGUUUCGCCGAUCACUGAGGAGCAACGACUGCGAAUUGUCAAGGGUGCCGCCAAGCUGGCAGCAGACAAGGCAGCCGAGAUCCGCAGCUCGACAGAAUAUGCCAAGAGAACAGGCGAGGGAGCUAAAGUCGCGCUCGAACUAUUCGGUAGAGUCCGAGCCUCAUGGCGCCAAAAUUCCAAGCCCGCUCCUGGCGUACCAGUCUUCGCUUGGCGCGUGCACGAGCUCAAUGGCUUGCAGCUCUCGGAAAUCAAAGUCGAGCUUGACCGCCGUGGUCUUGACAAAGUCGGCUCGAAGCCUACACUGAUCAAUCGUCUCAUCGAGGACUCCAACAAAGCCAUCCUCAGCCAGAUGACGCCCGCUAUGGACAAUUACGGUCGCGAUAAACUGCCAAUUGCGCUCAAGCGACGUAUUGCGGAACAUGUCGCCGUUGGUGGCCGCUUGGGUGAUCUCCUGAACCUCGAAGCUGCUAGCCGCAGCUGGCGUGUGGCUAUCUAUCUUGACAUCUUCAGAUGGAAAAGCAUUGCGCGCGAACGUGGCUACUAUGGCUUUGCUCCUCUGUCAACAGGUCGCGAACUCAGCAGAGACGCAGUCAAGUAUACCUGGCGUCAGACGGCGAUCAGCGAGUAUCGGAACAGUUGCUGCAAGUGCAUGUGCGCCAUUGCCACCGGUCCAGGCGGCAAUGAAGAGUACCGACCUUGGUUCCCGUAUUUGCCCAAAUCGCGCGGUGAACCAUCAUGGGUCAAGGUCUGCUACUGCUGUCAGAUGUACGUUAAGGAAUUCAAGAUGGUUCCAAAGGAGUAUGCUCGCCGUCUUGGCCUCACAAAAGAAGAGAUAGAGGACGUUCCCUGUCGCACUCUGGCAGAAAAGACCGAAAUCAAAGAUGGCAGAUCAGUCGUCGUCCGCGAAGCCAAGACAGUCUACCUUUGUGCUUGGUUCGACGAGCUUCUCGAGCUGCGCAAGAAUCGCAACAAGGAUGCUAUAUAUCGUCUUGCCGGCGAUGGAGCAGACGAGCUCAGGUCCUACAUCGCAACGAAGCAGCUCGGUAAUGCAAAGCAUGAUCCUAUUCGUCAGCUCUACAUUGGAUAUACCCUUCAAAAGACGUUGCCCACGCCAGAACAGGCUCGAGAGAUCGUCAGAGAGCUUGGCAGACGCAAACGCAUCAUCGCAGAGUGCGAGAAGCGCCUCGAGCAUCUCUGUCUCAUCGAAGCACUCACAGGAGAGAGUCGUGCUAUCUGGGAAGCUCGUCUGUCGACUUGCCUUCGUUUCAAAGGCUGCACUGCCGACAUGGUGCUGACUCCUCUCUUGCGUGGCCACCAAAUGAGAAUGCUUCAUGCUAGCUUCAGCACUCGCUAUGCUGCAACAGACAAGGCAGAUUUAUUCGAGCGUGCUUGGGACAAGUUCAUCUACAAAUGGUCGCCGGAGUACUGCACGGAGGAGCUCGUCGAGGAUCAAGUGCAAGCACUCGCCGCUAUCGAAAAAGCUCGUACGCAGCGCAAAGUCGACAAAGCGGCUCGUAUAGAAGCGCGUCGCUUGGCUUUGCUCGCAAAGUAUGCCAGCACAGACUAUGCCGAUGUUAUUGGGCCUGUGCUCGAAGCAAAGCCUUUCAUCGCGAACGACACAUGGUGGAACGACGAGCAAGUCGAAGGAGAACUCUUCGAGGCGGAAGAGCUCGCUUAUCAGGCUCGUGUCGACGAACUUGACGAGCGUCGCAAGGCAGUGCAAGCUAUGAGGGCCGCUUCCGAGGAAUCUCGCUCGCCUCGUCAGAAGACUUCGCCGGCUUCGUCUCGUGCCGACAACCGCAUGGAUAUUGAUAGUCGUCCGAUUCGCAUGAGCAUACUUGCUGACAGUGACGAUGACGGUGAUGUCAAUAUGAACUGA